CCCCCAACUCCUCCGGGAGUUGAUCUCCGCAGCCCCGGGAGCACCUACCGCCCUCCUGCACCCGCCGGCCGCCGCGCCCCCGUUCCUCCGGGAAGCCGACCUCGACUUCAUUGAUGCACCCAUUCCAGUGGUGUAACGGGUGUUUCUGUGGCCUGGGACUGGUGAGCACCAACAAGUCCUGCUCAAUGCCACCUAUCAGUUUCCAGGACCUUCCCCUCAACAUCUACAUGGUCAUCUUUGGAACAGGCAUCUUUGUCUUCAUGCUCAGCCUCAUCUUCUGCUGUUAUUUCAUCAGCAAACUCCGGAACCAGGCACAGAGCGAGCGAUAUGGCUACAAGGAGGUGGUGCUUAAAGGUGAUGCCAAGAAGUUACAGCUCUAUGGGCAGACCUGUGCAGUUUGUCUGGAAGACUUCAAGGGAAAGGACGAGCUAGGUGUGCUUCCAUGCCAGCAUGCUUUCCACCGCAAGUGUCUGGUGAAGUGGCUAGAAGUGCGCUGUGUCUGCCCCAUGUGUAACAAGCCCAUUGCUGGCCCCACGGAGGCCACUCAGAGCAUCGGGAUUCUGUUGGAUGAGCUGGUGUGAAGGCUUGACGGCUGCCUGCAUGGACUGGAGAAGACUUCUUGCUUUGUGGGCACCUGGUUCCUCUACAGAAUGAACAAGACUGUUGGGUGGCAUGGGGCUGGGCUUCCAGCAGGGUAGGACUAUUGCCAGACUUGCCCGUCUCUGCCUCCUAGAACUUCUUUCCUAUUACCCAGUACCAACGGCUUCACCCAGCCUGACCACUCUAUUCCUGGUACUAGAUUCUCCACCCGCUUCAUUCUUGCCCGGGAAAGGAGUCUACCCUUGUCUGGCUAUGCAAAUGGGCACUUCAUUUGGAGGACAAGCUCCUCUGAUCUGGAAGGAAGGACCUGACGUUGCCCCGCCAUGAUCCUCCUGCCAGAGUCUUCCAUGGGAUGGUUUGAAGGGAAGGAACCAAGACAGGAGAGGCUCUGCGUGAAGUAGGGGAAGACAGGGCCUAGAAAAGGGAAAAGUCAUGUUUACAUGGGACCUAGGAACCAGGCUGACCUCAUGCUGGCCAACUGCAGGGUGAUGGGGCCACCCCUUCCCUGUUAGGAUCUCGGUGCUGUCCAUUUUCUCCUCCUCCCCUGGUUGAUCUCAGAGCUUCCUACUCCAUA